GGCCAGUCAGAGCUGUCCCACACUUCAGAGGAGAGUCAGAGAGAGACCGAUAGUCAGAGUCAGACCUUCUCAACACCAUCAUCGUCUCAUCGUUGUCUGCCCCCCCAUUAAUCAUCUUCUUGGCCAGACUCGACUUAGCUUAUUUCUUCCUCGUGCUCUUCCUCCACAGCUCGAGCAGACUUUCUUCUUGCUGCUCAUCGUGCUUGCCUAGCGACUCCACCCUGGCUCGUUAGAUAAACCCAACACCUCCUUCGGAAGCCGACGAUCAACCAUGGCUGCGGAGCCUCAACCAGCUGCGACGCCUUCUCCAGCUCAUCAAGAUGGCACAAGCAGCGAUGCAGGUGCCAAUGGCGAGGUAGCAGUCAAUGGCUCUCACUCUGGCGAGAUCCAAGUCGACGAAGAGCUCUUGCCCUUCGACCUUGUCCUGCACUUCCCCGAGAGGCCCCUGGUCCCAGCAACGGCCACCUCGCUCGGCUUGCCAGCCACCCCCUCGCCCCUCAAGCUCGCUGUGCAGCCCUCGGAGACGCUCAACGACAUUCGCAUCACAUUGGCAGACAGUCCAGAGGGAUACUGGCUCGGUUCGUACUGCUUCAAGCGUCCGGCAGCUAAGGCUGGCCAAGCUAAUGGGGCUGUGGCUAAGUCGGAGCGAGUCGGCGAAUGGGUGGAGCUCAAGGACAUCUUCGAUGGUGUGCCCAAGGGAGAGCGUGAGUUGUCCAUUGCCUAUGCGCCCUUGAACGAGGCAGAGGCUCGCAAUCAUAUCCAGAGGCUGCGUGACCUUCUUCAAGGCGGACCUCAGGAUCCCAUCAACGCCGCCAUCGAUGCCGGUCUCUCAGUUCAUGAUGCGGUACGCCACCCCGAGGAGUGGACAAAGGAAGCAGUAGGAUUCGCAGCUGCCCAGGCUGCGGCCAACAACAAGGCUAAGGGAAGCAAGAAAGCCCCCGUCGACUUGGCAGAGGAAGCUGCCAAGGUGCCUUUCGAGAAGUGGAACGGCUGGCCUGACAGCAACGCAACGCAACUUAUUCCUCCCCAGGCACGAUCAGCUCGCUUCUCCCCGACUUGCCUGCGAAGCAUUUCCCUCUCUGCGUGGAACCCGCCGCCUCAGCCUCUGCGCGCUCGUGGCCACCUCCUCUAUCUCCAGAUCACCACUCUCGAGGGCGAGACAGUCCACCUCACUGCCUCUGUCAACGGCUUCUACAUCAACAAGUCGACCUCUUCACGCUUCGACCCUGCCCCACGCCCCAAGAGCGAAGCUUACCUCAGCAACUCACUCUUUGACCUCCUCUGUGGCUUCUCUCCUCUUUUCCUCAACAACUUUGCCAAAAUUUUCAGCGACCCUCUGUCAGCAAGAGACUUCUUCGCGGUCCUCCCCAUGACCAACUGCAUCGCUGCGGCUCCUUGGCUGGCCAACAAUCAUUCACACACAGCCGACCCGUUGCGACCGCAGACGGCCUACCUUCUGACGGGAACAAUGGGCGUCGACUCCCUCGAGGGUACGCGCGACUGGAAUGAGGAGAUCCAAGCAGCGCGUGAGCUGCCCCGCUCCACUCUCGCUGAGAGACAUGUAAGGGAGCGCGCACUUGGACGUCUCUUCUCAGACUUCGCCAAGUCGGCGGCAAGUGCAGUCCCCAAGGUGGCCGCAGGUGAGGUACAAGCCCUCAACCCUAUGGACAAGCCUGAGGCGCAGAUGUUCUGUGUCAACAACUUGUUCAUCUCCCGUGGCGUCGAUGGGGUAGACAUCUACCCCUACCUGGGCGGCGAUGAGGCGGCGCACGUUGCGGUCAGCAAGGAUGUGCAGGGGGUGAGGAUGCUCAACACAGUCGAUGCAGAUGGGCUCUGCCUGUUGGGCACCGUCAUUGUUGAUUGGCAUGGUGAGCGUUGGGUUGCUCAAAGUAUCAUUCCGGGCUUAUUCCGCAAGAAGGAGGAGGACGAGGUUGUGCCCAAGGAAGGCGAGGAGGUUAAGGAAGCCGAAGCGGCUGCAGAGAAGCCCAAAGCCGCUGCCUUGCCCUCUGACAAGCCCAGCCCGGCCGAGGACACCCAAGUCAUCUACGGAGGUGUCGAGGGUCCCGAGGUCAUCCGCACGAAUGCCGCCUUCGACAAAGUCUUCGAGCAAGUAGCCAAAUCGCUGCGCCUCUCGCGCCACGCAGUAAAGGAUGCACAGGGCAAGGACCACCAGCUUUGGCUCAGUGUUGACUCCAAGGGACUGCGUGGGGCCGAUGGCCGCAAAUACGCUCUAGACGUGGCUCGCCUCACGCCCGUCGAUGUCAUGUGGCUCGAGGAGGACAUGGAGGGUAAGCUCCUCGGAGAGGGUGAUGCCAAGGGAGACAGAUAUCCGCACGAGCUUGCUCUCCUUCGCCCCGAGCUCAUCGAGAUCUAUUGGGACUCGGAGUUCCGCAAGUGGGCCCGCGAGCAGCUUGCUCAGAGGAAGAAGGCCAGCGAGGAGGGGAUUGAAAAGAAGUCGGCUAUUGAGAAUGGCGACGCCAAGGGUGAGGAGAGCGCAGACAAGAAGGAAGACGCUGAAGCGGCCGAGGAGCCUCUGGACAGCUCUGCCUUCCAGCUAUCCUUCAACCCGGACGCGUUCGUCAAGUUCAAGCCCCCCACGGACGAGACUGCCGCCCCCACACCCAUGAUCACAGACGAGUCCGACGCCUCGGUGGCAGCAGUACGCGCAGCCUCGCGCUACCUGCGCGAGUCGGCUAUCCCCCGCCUCGUGACGGACAUCGCGACGGGGAUGGCGAACGUAUCCGAUGGCCAAGCUCUCACGCGCCAGAUGCAUGCUCGUGGUAUCAAUGUGCGCUACCUUGGUCAUCUUGCCCAUCUGGCUGCACCGGCGCAGCAUGACAGGCUGGACCAGACACACCUGAAGCAGUGCACCGGGUCUGGAUGGACCGCUCUCCUCAGUGUUCUGCACAAGGUGGCCGUCCAAGAGAUGGUAGUCCGCGCUGCCAAGAAGAUUCUCAAUAACCUGCUCCGCACCGCCUCCCCUGUGGACCUGACGGCGUGCGUCUCACACUUCCUGAACUGUCUCCUUGGCGCUGCAAGGGAGUCGGCACCGCACGCCGAGUGGACCCCUUCGCCCUUCGACGAGUCACCAGAGGAGCCUGCCUGGGCUAAGCUCACUCCUGCUUCACUGCAGGAGAAGGUCGACUUUGAGGUGCGACGAAGAUACCGCUUCCAGCUUCCUUCCGACUACUUGACUUCGGGAAGUGCAAGGAAGCCGCAACUUCUCCGUGAAGUCUCGAUUAGAAGUGGCAUCCAGCUUAAGUUGCAGGAGUACGCUUUCGACGCUAUUGCCGCCGGUCAAGCGAACGGGCAUCAUUCGACUGAUAGCGAUUCGGCUCGACCUGCCACCCCUCCUGCUACUAGCAAUAAAGCUGCUACGAGCGUUUCCGUCGGCAACAAGAAGAAGAAGGGUGGCAAAAAGGUGGCCGGUAUCGACGAGGUCAGCGCUGCGGCUCGCACGCAGAGCACCACCUUCUCACCGGAAGACGUUCUCAACCUCCUCCCCAUCGUCAAAGACUCUGCCCCCACAUCAAAGGUAGCAGAAGACGCUUUCGAGACGGGCCGUAUCACCAUGAUGUCUCGCGGCGAACGUGAGCUUGGGGUGGACCUGCUGCUCGAGGGCAUCUCCUUCCACGAGACGAUCUACGGCAUGGCCCACCCAGAGACGGCACGUUGCUAUGCCCUCUUUGCGGCCAUUGUCCACCAGCUCUCCACGCUCAUCAACGCAGAGACGGCGGCCAAGAUCCGUGAGGAGCAAGAGAAGCAAGGCAAAGAAGACGUGCAAGUCGAGAUGUCUGCCUACGCUGAGCACCUCAGUGGCGCAACCGCACUGCGCUACCAGAGACAGGCGGUCACCAUCUCUGAGCGCGCCCUCGGCCUCGACCACGCAGAGACGCUUGCCCAGUGGUCCUCUCUUGCGAUCCUCGAGCGCGCAGAGGGGAAUCACGAGGCUUCGCUCCGCUGUGAGCGUAGGGUAAUGCAGCUGCAGGACAUUGUGCUGGGAGCAAAGCACCCGGACAACGUUUCCGCCCUCUCCAACUUGGCCACCACCUUGCAAGCGGCGAGGCGCUUCGACGACUCGUUGCAGGUCUUCACAAGCGCACACAACCUUGCCCUCGAGCUCUUUGGUCCAGAUGCGCUCGUUACGGCAAACGUGGCAUUCGAACUUUGUCAAGCGCAGAGCCUUGUCGGCGAGCUUCGUGCCGCACUCGAGACACUCAAGGAGAGCGUGCGCGUCUUCGAAGCUGUACUGGGCAAAGAUCAUGCCCACACCAAGGAGGCGGACGUCUUCCUCGGCCGACUGGCAGCGGCGGCCGUACGAGCUGCAAAGAUGGAGCAAAGCCAGAAGAUCAGGGAGGCUCAGAUCGCUGCUGCGGGCGGGGCGAAGCGUCUUGGCGCUGGCGGAGCCCUUGCGGCGGCGGCGGCCGCAGCUGCUCAGGCUGGUGCGAAGGGUCAGACCUCCACGGCUGCCAGUGCGUCCGCAUCCUCGUCGAAGAAGAGCGGCCGCACCGCAGUCGACCCUUCUUUGAGCGUCGAUGAGUUGGUGCGCUACAUCUCAGGCAGUGGGGGUGCCGGUGCCGGCGGGAACAGGAAGGGCAAGGGGAAGGCGGCCGUUGUUGGCAAGUAGAAGGGAACUUUUCAUAGCAUAGCACAAAAGCCAGAAGACAGCGUCAGCGUUCUCUCUGGCAUUCUCACCACUCUUCCUAUCUCCAUUGGUCGGACGGACCUUGCAUCGUACGUUUUCUCAUCACGCUGCGACUGGGCGCAAUGACGAUCAUCACCAUCGCAAUCGAGACGACGAGUGAACCAACGAGAUGACUUGUGCUUGAUUGAUUAGUUGACGCCUCAGCUCUGGCGAUGGAUGAGUGGACCGCUACGUGACAUUCGAUUCGCCCUCAGUGACAGCCGGGUCAACAGUUGCAGAGGUGACUGCUCGGCUCUGAGGCGGUGACAGAUUCCUAGACCACCGUCGUUCGCUCGAGCAAGCCUAGCUCUCCUCCUUCUUCACCCUCUCAGUAGCGGUCACUCCCUGCUGAGGUGGACCAGCUUGCUCCAUGACUUGAUCGACAGUCUGAGCAGAGGGAUUGUUCUCGGCCUUGACUUGUUGCGAUGAUGGCGACG